ACGACAGCUGCAGCACUUUACGGCAGCAAUGGACUAGCUGAGAAUAAUGAUACGAGAUAACUGAACACUGUAGCGCUACUUUACUGAAUUCUGUCCACCUGAGGCCGUUGAAUCCCGAUAAAGUCAAACAUUUCCAACUUGCCGGCCUUUCUCUCCGCGUCGCGUCUGAAUAAACAGUUUUAUUGAUUCCCAGUGUCCUUCUGUGAGGCGAGAAAGCGACGAGAGCCAGUGGAAGAAGCAUCGCUUUUAGCCAGUCAUUGCCAUGGCCUCCGAAAGCGGCGACAGCAACAUGGACAGAGAGAUGAUUCUGGCUGACUUUCAGGCUUGCACAGGAAUCGACAACAUUGCAGAGGCGAUCACUCUGUUAGAGCUUAAUAACUGGGAUUUAGUGGCAGCCAUCAACGGGGUGAUACCACAGGAGAAUGGCAUCCUACAAAGUAACUUUUCCAGCGAGCCGAGCCAGGCCAGCAUGUACGGACCUCCCAGCCACUCAGAAGCAGCCGAUGCAGCAGCAGGAGGCGCGGUUCCUCCUCCCUCUUCUUCGUCUUCGUCCUCUUCCCCUCCGUCGUCCUCGACUUCAGCCUUCUGCCCCCUCAACUCCUCCUCCCGACACAUCGUAGAGCGUCAGCCCCGGAUGCUCAACUUCAGGGUGGAGUACCGGCAACGCACUGUAGAGCUGGUACUCGAGGAGGGCAGCACAGUCGGGGAAAUCAAACAAAUCCUCGAGACAGAGCUCGGUGUCCCAGUGUCCAAAAUGCAGCUGAAGGGAUGGAAGAGCGGCGACGCGUCUGAUAGUACGGUGUUGAGAAGUUUACACCUGCCCAAGAACAACAGCCUGUAUGUCCUGACCCCAGACAUCGCCCCUACUGCCAGCACCAGCAAAAACAGCGCUCUCCAAGAGUCGUUAAACCAGAACUUCCUGCUGGUCAUCAGCCACCGUGAGGCUCAGAGGGACUACAACCUCAACUUCCCCGGCUCCAGAACCAUACAGGAGGUGAAAAGGAACGUUUCAGACUUGACCAACAUCCCAGUCCGGCAUCAGCAGUGGGAGGGAUGGCCUGCAUCAGCAUCUGAUGAUUCUAUGACACUAGCUCUCUCCGGGAUUAGCUACCCCUGCCAUCACCUCAGUGUUUGUCGAAGGUCCUCACCAGCCAACGCCCAGGAACCCACAGAAGAGUGCGCAGAUGUCCAUAUGAUCAGCGACAGCGAGGGGGAUGACUAUGAAGACGCGUCAGAAUUCGGUGUGGACGAUACAGAGAUGUUCGGAAUGGGCUCCUCAAGCUGUCGGAAAUCACCCAUGAUGCCAGAGAACAGCGAGAACGAAGCCGAUGCCUUACUUCACUUUACUGCCGAAUUUUCUUCAAGGUAUGGAGAGACCCACCCGAUGUUCUUCAUCGGGUCUUUGGAGGCAGCAUCUCAAGAGGCCUUCUACGGCAAAGCCAGAGAUAGAAAGCUGCUCGCCAUCUACCUCCACAAUGACGACAGUGUUCUCAGCAACGUCUUCUGCUCCCAAAUGAUGUGCGCCGACUCCAUUGUCUCCUACCUGAGCCAGAACUUCAUCACAUGGGCCUGGGACGUCACAAAAGAAGCUAACAAAGCCAGACUACUCACCAUGUGCACGAGGCACUUUGGCAGCGUGGUGACACAAACUAUACGGACGUACAAGACAGACCAGUUCCCUCUGCUCCUUAUAGUCAUGGGAAAACGCACAUCCAACGAAGUUCUAAAUGUUAUUCAAGGCAAUACGACAGUGGAUGAGCUGAUGAUGAGGUUAAUGGGAGCAAUGGAGAUCUUCACAGCACAACAGCAAGAGGACAUCAAAGAUGAGGACGAGCGCGAGGCAAGAGAGAUGGUGAAGAGAGAACAGGACGAGGCCUACCGCUUGUCUUUAGAGGCUGACCGUAAGAAGAGAGAAGCCCAAGAAAGAGAAGAAGCCGAACAGGUUCGCCUGGAGCAGAUGAGGAAGGAGCAGGAGGAGGAGAAGGAGGCGAUCCGCUUGUCACUGGAGCAGGCCCUACCUCCAGAGCCCGACGAAGAGUCAGGAGAGCAGAUCAGCAAACUGAGAAUCCGCACGCCCAGCGGGGAGUUUUUGGAAAGGCGCUUCCUGGGCAGCUGUAAGCUCCAGGUCCUCUUCGACUUCGUGGCCUCCAAGGGAUACCCCUUCGACGAAUUCAAGCUCCUCACCACCUUCCCCCGUAGAAAUAUCACCCAGAUGGAUCCAGGGUCGACCCUGCUGGAGGCCAAGCUGUUCCCACAGGAGACGCUUUUCCUGGAGGCUAAAGAAUAAGAAUCCGGCCCGACUGACAGACUGAUGAACUGGCUGGACACACACUAGUCACCGAGCAUGGCCCCCCCGACCUCCCAGUGUGGGCCUACAGUACACACACACACACACACACACACACACACACACACACACACACACACACACACACACACACACACACACACACACACACACGCCCACACGCCCAGAACCACAACUCACUCUCAGACGUACAUGAACACACUGGCAUGCACGUCCAGUGACACACCAAGUGCAAGUAAGCUUCUCUGCCCUCGGCCUGGUCGUGGUACAUGAAUGCCUAGAGGUGUACACGUGUUGCACAGAGGAGCAAAGACAGUAUCACAAGCACACAGCCAAACAUUCACCUCCCCGAAAACCCUCCCCUCCCUCCUCCUCCUCUCUCUUUCUUCGACUCCUCUCGCACUCUUCACAAACGUCACCAAACUGCUGGUUUUCUGUCACGACACGGAUCAAAAACGGCAUCGAGAGACUGAGUAGACAAAUCUUUGUCACAAUUAAAAAAAAUAAAUGAAUAAAAACAACAAAAAAAAAAAACAAGAAAAAACAAAGACUUGUUCCCUCCCCCUCAUUACACACACACCGAGGCUGCUUUUUUAGAACAUGGGUUUUGUGUUUGAAAUUUAAGAAAAAUGUUUAAAAAAAUAAUAAAAAUGUAAUAAAGAAGAUGAGAUGUC